CAAAGUAAACCAAACACGAACGGAGCUCGCGUCAGCUGGGCUGGCUGGCUGGACCCGAAAAUUAAAGCGCACGCAGGUGUGCGGCACUUUGAAAAAUUUUACCAGGGCUUUGACACUGUUGAUUACUGGGCACCCGCGGUGAUGCAGCAACAGGCCUUGACCGGCUCAUAUGUUCCUUUCCUCCCUCCUUUGCAUUUACUUCUCCGCUCAAUCUCUUCUAAUUCGCACUAUUUUCGUCUUUCAAUCAUGCAGCUCGCUUUCAUUUCGCCCGGUUGCGCUACGACGUGCCAGAUUCUGUCGGUGUUUGGAAUUAUCUUUCUGCUCAUCUUGGGAGCGCUGUUCAAGGCCGAGGUGCACGAGCUGACGAGCUCGACAGAGGACCCAGCGGACCCCAAGGCGGUCGGACACGCAUGCUUUGUAGCAGCCGGUAUCUACGCGGCCUUCCUUGUCUGCUGCACGUGCCAGAACGCAGUCCGCUCGGCCGACACGCGGCGAGCCCGGAGGCUCUAACGAACAGUGUACUCUAUACAGGGUCCCUCGCAUGUACCUGGCGUAGCAUCUUUUGACUUCUAGAAAGGGGACUUCUCAAUAACAUGAAAACAAAAGAAAGCAAAAGACCU